AAAAGAGAGAGGGAGCUGGCGAUGAUGAUUCAAGUUAUUAGCAACUAAAUAAUGCAUCUGCUCCUAAAAUGAAAUUUUCUGAAGUUGUAUUGCCAUCAUCCAUCGAUCGUCAUCAGUUUCCAAAUAAUUAAGCAGCAUCACCAUCGGAUCUGAUCUAGUAUGGCCGGGGCAGCCUCCGCACUGUUUCUGUUAGACAUAAAGGGGCGCGUUCUUGUGUGGCGCGACUACCGUGGCGAUGUCUCUGCCGUUCAGGCCGAGCGCUUCUUCACCAAGCUCAUCGAGAAGGAGGGAGAUCCGCAGUCUCAAGAUCCAGUAGUGUAUGAUAAUGGAGUCUCUUACAUGUACAUACAACAUAGCAAUGUUUAUCUAAUGACCGCAUCAAGGCAGAAUUGUAAUGCUGCCAGCCUCCUCUCCUUUCUCCACCGCGUUGUUGAUGUUUUUAAGCAUUAUUUUGAAGAAUUAGAAGAGGAAUCACUCAGGGAUAACUUUGUGGUAGUGUACGAGUUACUUGAUGAAAUGAUGGACUUUGGUUACCCUCAGUAUACCGAAGCAAAAAUUCUUAGCGAGUUUAUCAAGACUAAUGCCUACAGGAUGGAAACUUCACAGAGGCCUCCCAUGGCUGUCACUAAUGCAGUGUCCUGGCGCAGCGAAGGGAUAAAUUACAAGAAGAAUGAAGUUUUCUUGGAUGUUGUCGAGAGUGUCAAUAUACUUGUCAACAGCAAUGGACAAGUAAUUAGGUCUGAUGUUGUGGGGGCUUUAAAAAUGAGAACGUAUCUAAGUGGCAUGCCUGAGUGUAAGCUUGGCCUAAAUGAUAGAGUAUUAUUGGAGGCCCAAGGACGGGCAACAAAGGGAAAGGCCAUUGAUUUGGAGGACAUCAAAUUUCAUCAGUGUGUGCGUUUGGCUCGAUUUGAAAAUGAUCGAACAAUAUCAUUUAUACCACCUGAUGGGGCUUUUGAUCUCAUGACAUAUAGACUCAGCACUCAGGUAAAGCCUCUGAUUUGGGUAGAAGCUCAAGUUGAAAGGCAUUCAAGAAGUCGUGUUGAGAUAAUGGUAAAGGCUAGGAGCCAGUUCAAGGAGCGUAGUACAGCAACAAAUGUUGAGAUUGAGUUGCCGGUGGCAGUUGAUGUUUCCAAUCCUAAUAUUCGGACGUCAAUGGGGUCUGCAUCAUAUGCACCUGAAAAUGAUGCAUUAUUGUGGAAAAUUAAAUCUUUUCCUGGUGGGAAGGAGUACAUGUUGAGGGCAGAGUUCAGUCUUCCCAGUAUAACUGCCGAAGAAGCAACUCCUGAGAGAAAAGCUCCUAUACGAGUGAAGUUUGAAAUACCAUAUUUUACUGUUUCGGGAAUACAGGUUCGAUACCUGAAGAUUAUUGAGAAAAGUGGUUAUCAGGCCCUCCCAUGGGUGAGAUACAUAACAAUGGCUGGCGAGUAUGAGCUUAGGCUUAUCUAAAGGUGCUCUAUCAAUUUGCUUUUCAAAUAUCUCUGAGGUUUCCAAUCUGUAAUGUUGAAUUUUUGGAGGGAGCCAUGGGAAGCCGGUUGUGAUAGUCUAAUGGUUGGUUGAGCUUACCUCCUUUUUCCUUUCGGCCUUGUUACCUUCUGUUCGUGCAUCAUUAUUGUAAUAUUUAGAAUUCCUUUAGGCCUGUGCAAUUUUUUAUCUGUUAUUGGAUUUCAGAUUUUUCAGCGUUUAUGUUAUUCGAAUUUUGUGCUGGGAGCAAAUGGAAAUUUGGGUCUUUGGGCCUGAAGUCGAUCUGAUUGCUCUUCCCUGGGGCCUGAUAGAUGGACUUCAUUCCUUGGGAUGCGUAUGAGGGGGCUUAGCCCCUUUUUUCUUCCGUCGGUCUUGUGAAUAAGUGAUACAUUGGACAAGUUUUGAGGCUAUGCUAUAGAAACUCAUCUUGUUAACUAUUAUUAUGAACUAUUAACUAUAAAUCUAAGUGUCUUUCUUUUUUCC